AUGAGGGUUGGCGAAGAAGGGAUUGAAGUAAUAGGUGGAGGAGCUACUCCAGCACUGCAUAAGACUAUAACAUAUACUAAGACUGGAGAAAGUGAUGAGGGAACAGCUGAGAAGUUCUCUUUGGGUAUAAGCCAACCUGACUUUGACAAGCAACUUGAUGUGAGUCGUGAAAUUGUGGCCUAUCUGUUUAAGUCCGUUCUCGACCAACCAAUUAAGUUUACUGAGACUCUUGUGUUGAAGAUGGUAAGGGGUCUUGUUAGUGAGGGCCGUGCUGUUGACCUUCCGAUGACAAGUGAAGCGAUAACUGUGAUGAGUGUCAAUGAAGUUGAAGAUGCGGUGAGACUUAGUGCUGAGAGGAUUGUGGGCAAAAUUGAAUCUUACCAGGAGCGCGGUAGUAAUUGGAGGGUAAUUAUGGUGGAAGGUCAUGAGUUGGAUGUUGUGCACUUCAAUCCUUUGGAAGGCAUUUCUUUCAUUGAGUUGCCAGCCCCUCUGCGAUCUGAUAAGAACGGUCUAAUCAACAUUGAGAACAGGGACGAUAACGAGUGCUUUAGAUGGUGCCAAAAAAUCAGAAGGCGAAUAAGAUUACCAGACCUGAUAGAAAAUUUGCUGAGACACUUGAUUAUAAAGGUGCGAGUUUCCCUGUAAAGAUUGACGAUAUACCUAAAAUCGAGAAGGCAAAUAAGAUUAGAAUCACAGUGAUCAUGCUGAGGGGAGAAAAGAUGUUCUUUCCAAGGUAUACUUCAAAGGCUGACUAUGAGGAUCAUAUGUAGUUGCUGCUGACAGAGGACGAUGAUGGAAAUACUCACUAUGUCUUGAUAAGGGAUAUUAUAGUGUGUUACUUAGUAGUUUACAUAAGACGGAGCACAAGAAAUAUUACUGUCUUGGUUGUCUUAAUGGGUUCAAUUCACAGGAACGUUUAGAUGAACACAGUGGGACCUGUAGGGAGGUAAAUGGAACGCAGAAAACUAUGAUGCCAAAGAUAGGUAGUAAAGUGGUGUUCAAGGAUCAAAGGAGACCGUUGCCUGCUCAGUUUGUGAUAUACGCUGACUUUGAAUCGUUGUUGAUCCCUGUAGAUGAGAAGAAGGGAUGUUUACGUAAAAUACAGAGCCAUGAGACUUGUGGUUAUGGGUUCAAAAGAGUAUGUUACUACGAUAGUAAGUAUGACGGCGAAUAUAAGGGUUAUAGUGGAGUUGGCGCUGUAAGGAAAUUCUUGGCUGACUUAUUAGCUGAAGUUGAAAAGUGUAAUCAGAUUAUAAAGGAUGAUUUCAAUAAGAAGGUUGACAUGACUGUGAAAGAUUUUGAUGACUAUGAGAGGGCAGUUGAGUGUCACACCUGUAAUGGAAAGUUCACUAAGGAUAAUAAGAAGGUCCUUGUCAUUGUCAUAUAACGGGUAAGUUUAGGGGUGCCGCUCAUAAUUCCUGUAACUUGAACUUUAAGUUGCUGACUGGUAAGAUUCCCGUUGUGUUCACAAUUUGAGAGGAUAUGAUAGUCACUUCAUUAUGCAAGGUGUGGCUGAACUUGGUGAGAGAAUUGAGGUGAUCGCUAAUAAUAUGCAAAAGUACAUGUCCUUCAGAGUGGGGAAGCAACUGGUUUUCAUUGACUCGAUGCAGAUUAUUCGCAGUAAUUUGGAACGUCUUGUUGGUAAUCUUAAUAAAGGCCGUUUUCUGAGAAUGCAAGGUGGAUGGCAAGGAGAGGAGCUUGAGAUGCUACUUAAGAAGGGAGUCUAUCCUUACGAGUAUAUGGACAGUUGGGAGAGAUUCGAUGAGAAGCGUUUGCCUGGGCGAUCUGCGUCCUACAGUUCGUUGUACGAGGAAGGGGUCAACGAACAGAACUAUUUAAGGGCAAAGAGGGUGUAUAGGCGGUUUAACUGUGAGAAUUUGGGAGACUAUCAUGACCUGUAUCUGAAAACUGAUGUUACUGUUAGCAGACGUUUUUGAGGACUUUAGAAGAGUAUGUCUAGAGAACUAUAAGUUGGAUCCUGCUCAUUACAUAUCCGCACCCGGUCUUAGUUUGGAUGCUAUGUUGAAAAGGACUGGUGUGAAAUUGGACUUGCUCUCUAAUGUUAACAUGUAUCAGUUCAUUGAGAAGGGAAUGAGGGGUGGGACAAGUUAUAUUGGUCAUAGAUAUGCUAGGGCUAAUAAUAAGUAUAUGAGUGACCAUGAUUCGGGGAAGCCUAGUAGUUAUAUCAUGUAUUACGAUGCAAAUAACCUCUAUGGAUGUGCGAUGAGUGAGGAGUUACCGUAUGGUAAAUUCAAGUGGGUCAGUGUUGGUAAAUUAAAUCUUGACAAGUAUGGUAAAGACAAAGAGAAAGGUCUGAUAUUGGAAGUCGAUCUUAAAUAUCCGAGUGAACUUGAUAAGGGCCAUAGUGAUUACCAUCUAGCUCCCGAGAAAAUGGAAAUUACUGAGGACAUGUUAAGUGGAUAUGCAAGGGGUAUUAGAAAGGCGCGCGGUAGUAAGUCAGCUGGCGUGAAAAAGUUGGUGACUACAUUGAAUAGGAAAAAGUCCUAUGUCUGUCAUGUAGAUAAUCUGAAACUGUAUAUGAAGUUGGGAAUGAAGCUGGUUAAAAUUAGUAGAGCACUUGAGUUUUCCCAUUCGAAGUGGCUCAAGGAGUACAUUCAAUUUAACACUGAUAUGAGAACUGUGGCUAAGAACGAUUUUGAGAAGAACUUCCUCAAGCUGAUGAAUAACUCUGUAUUUCGAAAGACUAUGGAGAAUCUUAGGAAACGGGUUGAUGUAAAGUUAAUGGUAGAUAUAGAUGGUGAUAAGUUGAAGAAGAUGUUGCAUCACCAAGUUUCGUUAGGGCUAAAGUACUGA